UGUCUGGAGUGGGGGUCAGGAAGCGAGGAAAGAAUGCCAAGUAUGUCCAUGUUUGUCCAGGGCUGGCUCUCCAUUCAGCCCCCGGUGACGUACGGCGCGGGCCAGCGGGUAUAAAGGCAGCCGCCUCGCCGCUCACAGCCCAGAUCAGCCCCUCUACCGAAGCUAAACUCUAGCUUUUACCACCGAAGGAAAGCGCGACCGCGAGAGAAGCGCGAGACAAGAGAUCGACUCGAUCCCGAACCCCGAAGCGGCCUCUCGAGCUCGGACGAACGGACGACCCCCCCCCCACACACACACACACGAAAAAGCCAAAUCUGAUUCUGCGGAGAGGAAGAUGUCUGCUGGGAUGAAGAAACUGAUGCUGCUGCCUCUGCUGAGCAUCCUGCUCUCACACACGGCCGCGGCUCAGGAGUGCGGCGGCCGCUGCUCGUGCCCCUCCGCCCCCCCCCAGUGCCCCCCGGGGGUGAGCCUGGUGCCGGACGGCUGCGGCUGCUGCAGGGUGUGCGCCAAGCAGCUGGGCGAGCUCUGCGCCGAGAGGGACGCGUGCGACCCGCACAAGGGCCUCCACUGCGACUUCGGGGCCCCCGGCGCCCGGCGCAUAGGCGUCUGCACAGCUCAGGAGGGCGAGAGCUGCGUGUUCGGCGGCACGGUGUACAAGAGCGGGGAGACCUUCCAGAGCAGCUGCAAGUACCAGUGCACCUGCAUGGACGGCGCCGUGGGCUGCGUCCCGCUUUGCUCCAUGGACAUCCGGCUGCCCAGCCCGGACUGCCCCAUGCCCCGGCGGGUCAAGGUGCCGGGGAAGUGCUGCGAGGAGUGGGAGUGUGACUCCCCCUACACGGACAGCUUCAUGGGCUCCGUUUUACCCUCCUACAGAGAGGAGGAGACCUACGGGCCAGACCUGUCCUUGAUGAGAGAGAACUGCCUGGUCCAGACGACAGAAUGGAGCGCCUGCUCCAAGACGUGCGGCCUCGGCAUCUCCACCCGGGUCACCAACGACAACCGCGACUGCCGCCUGGAGAAGCAGACCCGCCUGUGCAUGGUGCGGCCCUGCGAGUCACAGCUGGAGCAGAACAUCCGGAAGGGGAAGAAGUGCAUCCGCACGCCCAGACUCUCCAAGCCCAUGAAGUUCGAGAUCUCCGGCUGCACCACCACCAAGUCCUACCGGCCCAAGUUCUGCGGGGUGUGCCUGGACGGCCGCUGCUGCACCCCCCACAGGACCACCACGCUGCCCAUGGAGUUCAAAUGCCCCGACGGACAGGUGAUGAAGAAGCACAUGAUGUUCAUCAAGUCCUGCGCCUGCCACUUCAACUGCCCCGGGGAGAACGACAUCUUCGAGUCCAUGUAUUACAAGAAGAUGAUGGGGGACAUGGCCUGAGCCGCCGUGGGGCACGAUCGGCGAUGACUUGAAAACAAACAGAACUCCAUCUCACGUUUGCAGCUCAGUAUAUAUGUGUUGUCAUGUUUUAGAUUUGCCAUAUUGUCGUUGUAAACCUAGUCCAGACACUUGUCUUAGUGUCUGUGUAUUGUAUGGCUGGUGGAGCCGCAUAGACUCAGACAGAGGGUUGCAUCGCAGCUCCGAGAGAUUCCUGCACUAUAACUUCUACUCUUGACAAAUCUGCUGUCAGGCUUCGGUCCAUUCCACUUUACUAGUCCGUCCGUUUUACUGUAUGCACUCCAAACGAAGCGUCCCCACCCUCCCGAGGCCCAGACCAGACCAGACUCCAAGCAGCUGUAGAGGGCGUGUGCAGACCACAGCAGGCUCGAGUUCCCCUGUGCAAACAGGUGUGUGUGUGUGUGUGUGUGUGUGUGUGUGUGUGUGUGUGUGUGUGUGUGUGUGUGUGUGUGUGUGUGUGUGUGUGUGUGUGUGUGUGUGCAUACGUGUGCGUGCGUGCGUGAGCGAGGCCUGAAUGUCGGCCUCCUAGUAGAGUAAAGGUCACCGUUUGUGCCCAGUGUGUCAACGAAACAGAGCGAAGGCAGCGUGUUGAGUUUAAGGUUAGAUACUGAACAAAGUGGGCUUUGCCACGGCACUGAAAAAAAACAACUAUUGACUAUUACUGAUUCAGGUCAGGAGGAAGAAAAGAGUCUAUUUUGUACUAAAAUAGAAAAAAAAAAGACUGGACUGGAAGAAUUGAAAUUUCAUUCCUUUAUUAUUGUGAUGUGUACAUUUUGUAUAUAUUUGUACAGUUUAAGUUAAUUUAAAAGCCAAGUGUCCAGUUUGUGUUCUGAAAUGCGCCAUAGUGUAUUUUUUUUUUUGUCAACUGUAUUUUUUACAAUUUUAUUGAGAAGUGUGACAAAAAUGUUACAUGUUUCACUCGUAGCUGGAAAUAAAGUGUUAUAUUUUUAUACAAA